CGGAAACCUCCGCUUCUGCCGUGCCAGUGACGAUGGCGAGCGGCCAGGCCGCUGAGCGGCAGCGCCUUGUCCCCGAGGAGCGGCGGGAAACUGAGGAGGAUGAACAGGUUGGCGUGACCUCACAAAUGUCCAGCCUACAAGUGUCGGGUGGAGGUGACAAGUGCCAGACAGAAGGAGGCAGCAGGCCCCAGAAUGCAAAACCGAUGACAGCGGAUAUAGAAACUGGUUCUGGAGAAGGUGUGGAAGGUCGACUGGACCAGCCGACAGCAUCUGUGGAUGAACGAUCACAGCAGCAUGCCCAGCUCAAUACGCCCUGUGAGGUGACUAAAACUGCCCUUGCUGCUUAUCGGGUUCGCAAAGUCAGCAACGACUUUGUGAUCAUUCAGUCUGACCACGGAGGCCCAGAGAAGUUACCCCCUGAUCCACUGGAUGGUCCUGGCAGAGUUGUUCCAGUCAUCGAUGCUGCUGCUACCUGGAUUUCCACAGAACUUGAAGAAUUUAAGGAAAAGGUGAAGCGGGAAAAGACGGGACUGAUGACGGUGCGGCGCGGGAACGUAGUCACUGUCCGGGUCCCCACCCACCCUGAGGGCACCUGCAUUCGUUGGGACUUUGCUACGGACACCUAUGACAUUGGCUUUGGGGUUUACUUUGAGUGGGGGCCCGUGACCGACACAGAGGUCACUGUGCAGGUCAGCGAGUCCAGUGAGGACGAGGAUGACGAAGACCCAGAAGCACCCCCAAUCCACGGAGACAUUGAGAGGGGAACUAAAGAUUUCGUCCGCUCUGACCUGGAAGAGAUCCUGCCUGUCUACCGAAAGGACAGUCACUUGGAGCUGCAGUCCGGCAGUCACAAGUACCCGGGCCAGGGAAUCUACCUCCUCAAAUUCGACAAUUCCUACUCCAUAUGGAGGCACAAAACCUUGUACUACCAGGUCAACUACAGCUCGUGAAAAGGCGGUAGAGGGACAACAGCUUGGAGGAGCACCUCUCCCACCUCUCCAGGGAUGCCUUCGCUCGGAGUUAGCUGCUUUGUUUUCUCUCUAUGACAAUUGUUUUCCUUUGCAAGGAUCUGACUUCGGCAAUCUGCAAACCUGCGUACCGUCCCCUGUCCCCGGCUCGUGUGUGGUUCGCUGCUUGUUUGUUUUUCCCUAUGCUAUUUAUGUGCUCCUGGUAGCACUGAAGUUUUAUAUAUAAAUAUGUAUAUUAUAUAUAGUUAAGUGUGAAGCUUUGCUUUGUAUUCUGUGCCACUUUGUACAUUUGAUGUCAUACUCUGUUCAAGAACACAAGCUACAAGGACGUUCACUGGUGCAAUAUUUCAUUUCACCUUGCUUUCAGGAUGGUUUGCAGCUGCUUUUGGAUUAUUUCCAAGUCCCCUGUUGCACAACCCUGUCCCUCAGCUCAACACCCCCCCCCCCACUUCCCUGCACACCCCUGGGAAUGCCAGCAAAGAUUAAUAUUUUUUUCUUUUAAUUGUAACCAUUUGCAACAUAUUCUGAGCACAGGAGCCUUGGAAAGAAAAUCUAAUUGGGAGGGGAGGAGAAGGGAAUGAAUGUCGAAAGACUGCAUAUAUUUUGUAUUUCUAUGUAUUGUCUGUUUUCAAAAAAAAGAAAAAUUUUAACCUUGGAGAUUGUGUUGUGGAAAUGGCCCAGAGUGCAGAUGCUGACUGACUAAUGGGAACAAUGUAGAACACAGAACAGUACAGAAACAGGUGCACCAUGUUGUGCCAAUCUUUUAACCUACUCCAAAACCUACUUGUAGCAAAAUCAGAGGUAAAUAGCAUCAUAUAACAUUGAUUUCUCUUACCUUCCAGUAAAUUCUACCCCCCUCCCCUUCUCUUUUUUUUCAUUCUCCAUUCUAAUUAUCAUGUCACCCAUUGGUCCAUCACCACCCCGGUUCCCACCCUCCCCUUUCUUCUAUGGUCCACACUCCUCUCCCAUCAGAUUCCUCCUUCUUCAGCCCUUUACCUCCUCCAGCUUCUUACUUCACUCCCCACAUGACCCGAUGCACAUUGCCCCUCACCUAGGCUCACCUAUCUCCUGCCAUUUUCCACCGCUACCUCCUUCCUUCCUCCAGCCCAAUGAACCCGCAUCACCCACUUACACUCAUGUGACCAAGAUUCAAGAUCAUUUAAUGUCAUUUCCAGUACACAAAUAUCAAGGGGAACAAAAAACAAUAAAUAUAAAUAAAUACAUA